AUGAAAAAAAAGAUUUAGUCAUUCAAAAUAAUGAAUAAAUUUGUUUAUAUAAUUUUAGGGUGUUUAGUUUUAACUUUAUUGACCUAAUUUUUUUAGCUGAAUUAUAGAGUUUUCAUGGCCAACCUAUGUCUAAUGAGUACAACAAAAUUGUUAAAAUUGAAUUUUAAGUGUAUAAUAAAUUAUUAAAUGAAAUGCAAUAUAUUAUUAUACCAUGAUGGAAUUCGUUCAGCAUCAAAAGUAAUAAUAAAAUACUCAUUAAUUAAGCAAUUAAAUAUUCCAUAAUCAUAUGAAAACAUUGCUAAUUGUAUUAAUAAUGAGUAUAUGAAAGAGAAUCCUAAAAUAAGAAUUUAAGAAUCAAGUCACUAUUAUAAUUGA